AUGCAGACAAAAUCGACGACGAGCGGCGCGAAAGGAGAGGCUGAGUCGUUGCACCUCUCGGAGAAGUGCGAGGAGCAACUCCGCAGGAUUUUCCAGAGAGAGAUGAAGAAGAGCGCAGAGGAGAACUCAGAAACAAAGAGAGAGACGGUGUUGCGAAUCGGCGUGGACGGCGGCGGGUGCGCGGGGUUUCAGUACACGUUCGCGUUGAUCGACGAGAAGGACGUGGUGACGGGAGAGGAUCGAGUGUUCGUCGGUCGGAGGUUUCCGGAGGAAGCGAAGGUGGUGUGCGACGAGGUGUCGUUUGAGUAUUUGAAAGGAAGCACGGUGGAUUACGCGGAGGAGAUGAUACGGAGCGCGUUUGAGGUGGUGAAGAAUCCAAACGCGGAGCAGAAGUGCGGGUGCGGGGUAUCGUUUGAGGCGAAGUUUUGA